AACCGAAGAUGCCACCCAAGGCUAGUGGUAAAGCUGCUAAAAAGGCUGGAAAGGCCCAAAAGAACAUUUCCAAGGGAGACAAGAAGAAGAAACGUAAGAGGAAGGAGAGUUACGCUAUCUACAUAUACAAGGUCCUGAAGCAGGUCCAUCCUGAUACUGGAAUAUCGAGCAAAGCGAUGAGCAUCAUGAACAGCUUCGUCAACGACAUCUUUGAACGCAUUGCUGCGGAAGCGUCCCGUCUUGCUCAUUAUAACAAACGCUCCACCAUUACAUCUCGGGAAAUUCAAACUGCUGUUCGACUCUUGUUACCUGGUGAACUCGCCAAGCACGCUGUCAGUGAAGGAACCAAAGCAGUGACCAAAUACACUAGCUCCAAGUGAGCAACUGCUCCCUGCAUACACAUCGGCUCUUUUAAGAGCCACCACUUAUUUUGAAACGACAGAAAACGAUAUCGACACUUGCUGGAUAUCAUUCCCCAUAAACCCAUAUUUUCCAUCCCACGAUAGUUGUAGAUAGAAUAUGUUGUCUCGUAUAUUCGUUAUCAAUUAUGAACAUAUAUGCAUGAUUUCGAAUGUCAUCAAAAACUGAACAAUAUUAAGAGUUUCCGAAUUCAGUCUUCACUCGAAAGUAUACUGAGAAUAUUUAACAAUCUUCAACUGUAACUUAUCUUAUACGUGAAUUCUCAUUAUAAAUUAAACAUGUACGGAUAGGAAACUCAUUAGCUAUUUAUUUAAUGUUUUACUCGUGAUAAAACGCAUUGAAUUAAAUUGAAUAUCCAAUAUUAUAUAAAUAGAUGAAAACGAAAGUCAGAAGAUAUUUCUGACGUGCAUAGUAUGGAAUUGCAUUGAAAUAUCCAACUACGAAUGCCACACAAUCUAUUACUGAGAGUUUAAAAUUUACUAUCUUCAUAACAAGAUUAGAAAAACUCAUAUAAAUAAUACAGUAAAAGAAACAUUUCAAUACACCAAAUAUACUUUCUUAGAUGGUGGCAAUUAAAUAUUUUCUUAAUAUACUGUAUUAAUAUAGUUUAAUACAAAUAAGGAUGAGAAGACUUUCAUUAACGUUAACUUGUAUUAAAAAAGAAUACACGUAACAGUUAUAAAGGAAAUAAAAUCAAGUUUUAGGAAACUCCUGCCUGCAGAGAUUCAUCACAUACGUGAAAGCACACAACAAUGGUCCAGUCUGUCAGGCUAGGUCAAUUAUCUCGUAUAGGUAAUGAAUAAUACGUAACGCCAGAUUUAUCAGUCCAUGUAUAUGUAUACGGUGGCAAGAGAUCGGGAAUAUUGACAAUAUUCAGGGAACGUCGUCGAACGGGGAAAUUAAUAUUGUUCAGUUUUUAUACCCCUUUACUUCUGGUAUAUAAUUUAUGGCACUGUUGCUUGCAAAAGUCGCUCAACAUUUCGUGAG